AAUUCUUUCUUUUUUAAUUGAAGAAUUUAUAUUCUUGAUCUUGGCAUCUUAUUUCAAUUUUAGAAUUUCUGGGUAUGUUUUUCAUUUUUUUUUUGUUUCAUAGAAAGCAUUUGCUACGGGCCUCUUCUUGUGAUCUUAAGCCCAAACCGCUGCGAAGAGCCCAAAAUGCAGAUUCCUAAGCUUCAUACUCCCUUUUGUUUGCGUCGUCCGGGAAAACGAGAGACUUGAAGCCAAAAUGAGCACAACGACAAGGUCCACCGCCAGCCGCCUCCACGGCCUCUUCACCAAGACGCCCGUGGCGGCGCCGGCCGCUACUGUGGCCGGGGGAUCGUCCCCCGUGACAACUCCCGCCGUUGUCGCUACGAAAUCCGGGAGAGUCAAGGAGCUCUACAAGGCGCGUAGCCUGGAGCGCCUAGUCGCAAUGUUCAAGGAGUCCUCCAAAGAGAGGCGAUUCCGCGCCAGGUGGGGCAUCUACGAAGAAACCGUCCGCCGGUUGAUGCGAGCCAACCGCCACGACUGGAUCGAGGAGAUCCUGGAGGAGCAGAAGAAGUACCCUGACGUCUCCAGGGAAGGUUUCAACGUCCGCUUGAUCAGGCUCUACGGCGAUGCAGGCAUGUUCGAGCACGCCCGCAAGGUGUUCGACGAAAUGCCUGGGAGAUCAAGCAAAAUAACCGUCUUGUCCUUCAACGCCCUCCUCGCCGCUGCAGUUCACUCCAAGAAGUACGACGUGGCCAAGGAGCUGUUCGAGGAAUUACCGGCGAAGAUGGAGAUCAAACCCGACGUCUUCUCUUACAACAUUGUCGUCAAGGGAUUAUGCGAGGCGGGUUCUCUUGAUGCAGCUGCUUCACUGAUCGAUGAGAUGGAGGAGAAGCAAAUCUGCCAACCUAAUGUCGUCACGUUCAACACCCUGCUAGAUGGGUUCUACUCAAAUUCGCGUUUUGAUGAAGGAGAUGCCAUUUGGGCUCGAUUGAUGAAGCAUGAGAAUGUCUCCCCUGAUGUGAAGAGCUACAGCGCCAAGUUCAUGGGGCUGGCUAAGCAGAAGAGAGCACAAGAGGCAGUCGAAUUGGUGGUCGAAAUGAAAGAGAAAGGUCUCGAACCUGAUGCGAUCUGCUGGCACAAUUUGAUUAAGGGGUUCGUGAACGAGGCAAACGUGGAGGCUGCGAAGCAAUGGUAUGGCGAAAUGAGGAGCCGAGAGUGUAAACCUCACAGGAUGACUUUUGCGGCAUUGAUACCGUUUGUCUGUGGGGAGGGCGACGACGCAGGGUUUGGGUUUAAACUGGCGAUGGAUAUUUUCGGGACGAAACAGCUGGUCGAUCAAGGGCUGUUGCAGAGGGUGGUGGAUGCACUGGCGAAGGCAGGGAAGGUGAAGGAAGCUGAGGAGGUGGUGGCGCUUGGGAUGAACAACGGGUACUAUCAGUACAGUAAACUGUGUCUGCCUUCAACUGGAGUAGCUUAAUGAAGAGCUGCGACUUCCUCUCCAUUUUUUAUUGCAGUUUCUUGGUAGUAUGCAUCUUAGCUUGAGCUUCACUUGUUGAACCUACAAAUUUAUCCGCAUUUGAUUUCAAACCUUCAGUGAUAUGGUGACUUAUCGAGCAGUCAUGAUCAGUCUCAUUGUUUCAUCUCCAACAUCGGUUCGAAAAAUGGUAAAAUUGAAGAUCUGGUGGUCCGCAUUAGUUUGGUAAAGUUGAAGAAAUGGCUCAUUAGGUUUAUUUUUGGAGUAAGCAGCAAGGAAGUGGUAAAAGCUCAUAAACUCCUUUGGUUCUGCUUCUCUGUCUCAUAAAAUCCUAUUAAGCCU